AAACAAGAAUUCCUGAUUAUCUAAUGGGCGUUGUAGGCCAAAAAUAUUCUCUAAAGACUUCAAGAGCUCCUAAAGAAAAUAGCCAAAGACGGUUACUCCAAAACAAUCUCUCUCAUAAUGAUCGCAGCCCAGAGCAGGGAAAGUUCACGGAAAACCUGAAAAGAAUCAUAACUUUGAGAAUAAUGAAGAGGUUCCAGAAUUCCUUCCGAAAUGAGACACUUGAAAAGAAAGUCCAUGAAUGGAUUGAUAAUUAUAAAAGGAAAAUUACCACAGGAGUCCCUAUUUUCACAGAAUCUGUUAUUAAGGAAUGCGUCAGGGAUAUUCAGCUCAGUGAAUGUUCAACCAAAGUCUCCAUGCCAACUCUGCAGAAUUUUAGGAAUAAGAGUAGUAUCAGGUCAUCUAAAAGAAGCAUGAUUUAUACUAUUGGUGACAGUCAGAGAAGUGUCGACAUUAGCGACAGAUAUCCAGAAAAUCUUAACAGAUCAAUAAAAACACUUGAACAGCCAACAUCGUCUUUUAGAGAACAUAGUUAUCGAAGAAUUUCUCCAGCGAGCUCAAGAUAUAGAUAUGAAAAUGACCACCAGAAUAUAAGCAAAACUAGGAAUAAUAAUUCUGGUCUUUCAUUUUUCAAAUAAACUAUCCAAAAAUCUAUCAACAAGACGUGAAAAAGCUCCUGAUCUUUCAAAUAACCUCGACACUCC